AUGAUUGCAUGUCCGGCUUCACGGAUGCAUGUUAACCCAGGCGACUACAACUUGCUGGGUCCCAGCCGACACAUCCUGUCUGCGUGGCUACCUGCCUGCAUGGCGGGCGUGUCUGAAGCGAUGCACAGCACAAGGACCACAGUGGCGGCGGGCACGACGCGCCGCUUGAUCAUCGAGCCGCCGCGCGGACGCCGCAAUGCACGAUGCUCUGAAGGGCCUAAAGCCACCCUCGGACAGGCCCUGAACCCCCUAUGCACCCUGCAGCCGCCCAAAGAAGCCCAGAACUCCAUGCUUCAGCUUCGGCGAAGCAACGAAGGCUGGCAGAGGGCUCCUUGUCGCAAGUUCACGCUGCCCUAG